AUGGCUACCCCCAGUGUCCUAGCUUUUGACGCUGAGGGUAGGGCCAUUGACUUCGAGGUCUGGGUAGAUGACCUACAGCUGUUCUUACAGUGCGAUAGGGCAGACGGUCUCUCUCUCUUUAACCUCACCUCUGGCGCGUCCCCUGCCCCUGCUGCUGAUGCUGACGCCACUGUUCGUUCCCAGUGGGCCACACGCGAUGCUGCUGCACGUCUUGCUGUGCGUCGCCACCUCCCUACCUCCGAGCGUGCACACUUUAGUCAGCACAAGAGUGCUCAGACCUUGUACGACGCUGUAGUUGCACGCUACUCCUCCCCUGCCACUGCUGCACUGAGCCGUCUCAUGCUGCCGUACCUCUUCCCUGACCUUGCUGCCUUUCCCACAGUCGCUGAUCUCAUUACGCACCUCCGCACUAGUGACACUCGCUACCGCGCUGCGCUUCCUCCUGAAUUCUGCGCCAAGAACCCCCCCCCCCCCAUCUACAUCAUCCUCUACUUCAUAGUCACCCGCCUCCCUGACUCCCUUAGAGUAGUCAGGGACCACUUCCUAGCUGUGUGCCCCACCACCCUCACCAUUGACCACCUCGAGAAGGGUGUUCUCCCUCCCCCCUCUUGCCCUCUGUCACUUCUGCUGCUGCUGCUGCUGACCUCGUUGGUUUCGAGUCGGUCGGCGCUGCGUCUGCCCCUUCGGGGAAGCGCCGCGCAGGCAGGGGCAAGGGGGGCAAGGGCGCUGGAGGAGCUGGCGGGGGCGGUGGAGGUGGCGGUGGGGGCGGCGGAGGGAGUGGGGGUGGUGGAGGGAGUGGUGGAGGAGGUGGGGGUACCGGUGGCGCCAGUGGGGGUGGAGGCGGCGGCAGUGGCGGAGGGAGCGGAGGCGGCGGCGGUAGCGGAGGCGGCGGCGGUGGUGGCGGAGGCGGCGGAGGAGGCGGAGGAGCUGGUCGCGAGUCUACGCAGAGGAGUGGCUCCGGUGCGGGGUGGGAGUUUUGGUCCGUGCACCUACGUCCUGCGCACCGGCGACCGUGCGGGUGAGCAGUGUGGGGGUGCGCACCCCACCCAGCGCUGCUUUGGCCGCCUGACGGACGCGUGGCGUCACCAGUUCCCUGAGGCAACAAAGAUCCCUCGCUGGGGCGAGCUGUCUAGGGCGGGAGUAGCCAUCUAUGAUCUUGAUUCUGAUGCUAUCUUGUCUGCCAUGUACUCUGUGACUAUUAGUGAUGAGGGUGACUGUUACCGGUGUUUCCCGCCCGAUCCGGGCAUUGAGACUGCUGCUCUAGAUACUGGGACGGCUGCUGCCCUAGGUGCUUGCGACGCUGCUGCUUUAGGUGCUAGUGCGUCUGCGUCCUCAGGUACUGGUGAGUCUGCGCUCUCAGGUACUACGUCGGCUUCGGCCUCCCUCACCUUCACCCUUGACUCUGGGGCUUCUCGCUCCUUUCGGGACCGCACCACACUUACGCCGCUUAGUCAGCCGGUUGCGGUGUCUCUGGGUGACCCCUCUGGGGGUCCUGUCCUGUCUCACUUCUCCACAGUCCUCCUGUGUCCGGCGGCUCCCUCUAGCACCCUGUCUGGUCUCUACCUCCCCUCGUUCUCUACAAACUUGGUGAGUGGUGCUGACCUACAUGAUGGGGGAGUGCACCAGUUCACUCCUGCGCGUCAGCGAGUGACGCACUGCACAGAAGCUCGCACAGGCCGACACCUGGCUAUGUUUACACGUCAGCCGGGGUCAAGCCUGUACACACUGACCACUGCGUCUCCUCCAGUUGCUGAGUCUGGUAGGGUGUCUGCGUCAGGUCAGGUGUUUGCUGCAGCGUCCAGGUCUGGUCCUGUAUCUGCCCCCUGUUCGUGUCGUCUCCUCUCUCACGAGACUCUCCUCUGGCACCACCGCCUUGGUCACCCCUCUCUGCUUCGGCUCAGAGGCAUGGCCUCCCGUCUUCUUGUUUCUUGUCUCCCCAGGUCCCUCCCUCCUCUUCCUCAGGGGCCUGGCCCUUCCUGUGUCCCCUGUGUCGAGGGGCGCCAGAGGGCUGCCCCUCACUCCUCCCAGUUUCCUCCGACAGAGGCCCCGCUGCAGACGCUUCACAUGGACGUGUGGGGCCCCGCCCGCGUCCGUGGACAGGGUCACGAGCGCUACUUCCUGCUUGUUGUUGACGACUACUCGCGUUACACCGUAGUCUUCCACUUGCGCAGCAAGGGUGAUGUCACUGAGGUGAUGAUCGACUGGAUCCGCGCAGCUCGUCUCCAGCUCAGGCAGAGCUUUGGCUCGGACUUUCCUGUUCUGCGUCUGCACUCGGACAGAGGCGGAGAGUUCUCCUCUGGCCUUCUGCGGGCCUACUGUCGUGCACGAGGCAUCCGUCAGACCUUCACGCUUCCGGACUCUCCGCAGCAAAAUGGGAUUGCUGAGCGCCACAUUGGCAUGGUCAUGGAUGUCGCUCGUACGUCCAUGAUGCAUGCGGCUGCUUCCCAUUUUCUGUGGCUGUUUGCGGUUGGCGAUGCGUCGGCGUUCCGAAUCUGGGGAUCUCGGGCGUUUGUCCGCAACUUUUGUGCGGACAAGCUGUCCCCUCGUGCUGCUCCUUGCGUCUUCCUGGGGUUCCCCCCUGACGCACCUGGGUGGCAGUUCUACCACCCCACCUCUCGACGUGUUCUGUCCUCCCAGGACGUCACGUUUGACGAGUCGGUCCCCUACUACCGCCUCUUCCCCUACCGCACUCCGUCCCUACCCCCGCCCCCGCUCUUCCUUGUCCCAGGUCCCCCCCCGGUAGACCCCCUCCCCCCUCAGGGUCCUGCCCCUUCAGGUGUGUCCCAGGUAGACGCAGUCGAGCCUGUCGAGGUUACAGGUGACUCUGGUGCUGCUGUGGGUGCUGAGUCUGAGGGUGUUGCGAUUGGGGGUGCUGAGCUUGGGGGUGCUGAGCCUGGGGGUGCUGAGUCUGGAGGUGCUGCGCCUGGGGGUGCUGAGCCUGGGGGUGCUACGCCUGGGGGUGCUACGCCUGGGGGUGGUGUGCCUGGGGGUGCUGAGCCUGGGCGUGCUGAGCCUGGGGGUGCUAUGCCUGGAGGUCCUUUGGGUGCUUUGUCUCGUCGGAAGCCACUCUCUCCACCGGAGCUGCGCGAGUGGUUUGCCCAGCGCUGGAGGCGUGCUGCUGGAGCUGGAGGUUCUUCGGCUGUAGAGGGUGCUCGUGCCGCGGGUCGCGGAGGUGCUCGUACCGGGAGUACUGGAGCUGCUGGGCCUGCGGGUUUGACUGGAGCUGGUGCUGCUGCGGGCGUUGGUGCUGAGCCUACUGCUCGCGGUCCUGCUGGGGGUGCUACUGGUACUGCUGGAGGUUCUGGAGCUGCUGGAGGUGCUGCUGGAGCGGGUGCUCCUGCUGGGUGUACUGGUGCUGUCCCUGCUGUGUCUGGCGUCGCCGCACGGCCUCGACCGUACUUCGUACCACUCCUGCAGCAGGUUCUUGGUCUUCCACCUUCUACAGGUCUUCCUCCUUCUUUAGAGUGUCCAGAGCCUGUCCCGUCACAGCUACAGUUACACCCUGCCUCCCCACUACCUGCUCCCUUUCCCUACACUGGUCCUACUGGAGGUCUUGCUGAGCGUCGUGAGCCUGCGUCUCGUCCUGCGUCGCCUGUUUGUGCUGCUCGCACUAGUGGUCGCGGUUCGCGUCAGCGUCCUCCUCCUGUCCUUGGCACGCACCAGAUGUCUCUGCGUCUGUCCACUGCUCCUCUGCGUGCCCCUUUGCCUUCUCCUCCUGCGUCCUCUCUUCCUACUCUUAGGCGAUAG